CUCCAGCGAUGGUUGCCAUGGGCAUGGCGGUGGCGGGAGGAGCGCGGGCUCGGGCGCUGCGGCCCCUCUUUGGUUACGGCCUCCGCGCUCGGUCUGCCGCAGCAGCGACCCAAGCGGGGCCGCGAGGGUUGGUCUAUGAGCAGCAUGGAGAGCCAGCUCAGGUCCUACACCUAAAAGACAUAGGUUUAGCAAAACUGGGGGGUUCUGGAGUCCAUGUGAAAAUGAUUGCAGCUCCUAUCAAUCCAUCAGACAUCAAUAUGAUUCAAGGAACCUAUGCCAUUCUUGCUGACUUACCUGCGGUUGCUGGGAAUGAAGGAGUUGGGCAAGUGAUGGACACAGGGAAUUGUGUGACUGCUUUGAAACCAGGAGACUGGGUGAUUCCAGCUGAUGCAGGACUUGGAACUUGGCGGACCGAAGCGGUAUUUGAUGAGAAAACUCUGCUGAAAAUCCCACCGGAUAUUCCAUUGACUUGUGCUGCCACAUUGAGUGUUAACCCCUGCACAGCUUAUCGGAUGUUGUCUGAUUUUGAGAUUUUGGCUCCAGGAGAGUCUGUCAUCCAGAAUGCAGCCAAUAGUGGAGUGGGACAGGCUGUAAUCCAGAUUGCAGCAGCCAAGGGCAUCAAAACAAUAAAUGUAGUAAGAAAUAGACCAAACCUCCAGGAUCUUAUAGAUAGACUUAAGUCCCUUGGAGCAGACUACAUUAUCACAGAGGAGAUGCUAAGAAAACCAGAAAUGAAAGAGUUGUUUAAGGAAAUUCCUAAGCCCUCAUUAGCUCUGAACGGCGUUGGAGGGAAAAGUGCUACUGAGCUGAUGCGUCACUUGCGGCAUAACGGGACCAUGGUUACCUACGGUGGGAUGUCAAAGCAGCCUGUGACAGUCCCUUUGAGUGCAUUGAUCUUUAAGAAUGUCAAGCUUUGUGGCUUUUGGAUGACCCAGUGGAAGAGGGACAGUGGUCAAAACAAGGAGAAGCUGGAAACAAUGAUAGCAGACCUGUGCAGUCUCAUUCGAAAGGGUCAACUGGUCGCUCCGAUCUGCCAAGAAGUCCCUUUGGUAGAUUACCAAGCAGCUUUAAAGGUCUCCCUGGAACCAUAUGUAUCAGUUAAGCAGAUCCUCCGGAUGUGACACUUCUGUAGUCUGAUGGGAAAAUAGCACGCAAGUGUUUCCAGUGGACUUCAGUCCCAGGAGGCCUGAGUGAUUCAGAAUUACAGAACUGAACUGAGUUAUAUCCCCAUGUCCAUCCUCCAGCAAACAGGGAAAGACAGAGGAACGGGGAGCAAACAGUGCGGGUUUAAUGUAUAUAGGAGAUCACUAUCCAAUAACAAUGAUGGCAUGGUUUCUACAUAACCAGGGAAUCCUGGUAGACUUGAUUGAAGUGUGGAGGAAAAAGAGUCAUUUCAGCCCACGGAAGACCUGCUCUCAAGAGUUCUUUCCCUAGAGAAGCUCCAUCUAUGCUGAUGUAGGUGUGCACAUUCAGAAUAUCAGACAGUGUGAUGAGACUUCCUCAGGAGUGGGAUGAGAUGGGGCAGAGGCUGGUCCCACUGGGAUAAAAGACUUCAUAGAUAUCUAAUUCUAAUUCUGCAGAUUAUAAUGAAUGAGCUGAGCUAGGUAGCUUUUAAGUAUUUUCCCCCUUUACAUAUACAGGAUGUUGUCGACAAUCUUUGCGGCAUUGGACAGAUCCUUCUCUUUUCCUGAGCAAAAGGACUCUGACAAGUCAGUCAUUGGACUAGAAAACCACAGUGGAUGCACUGAGUACCAAAAUUAGUUCUGUGGCUUCUAAGACAGCUUUCCCCAACUUCACAUUUGACUUUCAUAAUUCUUGGGCCACAUAACUGACAGCCAUGCUGGCUGGGAAUUAUAUGAACCAGUCCAAAAUAUUUGGGGGACACCAGGUUGGGGAAGAAUGUUCUAAGCUAUUCUCAUGCAUUCUCAGAGGUGCAGCAGCAGCAGCAGGUGUUAGAGAGUGAUCUGUGCUGUAAAAUGCAACAAGGAAAACUAGUUUCACUUAGUAGGUUUCUUACAUUUGCAGAGUGCUAGAAAGCCUUUGGCCCAGGAGAGAUCAGAAAAGUCACACACCAGGCAUUUCUAUAAAAAUAAUUUUAUUUACAGAAAGCAAAACAUAUUUAAAGGCUUUUUGCUGAGAGGAGAGAUUUCUCUCAGCUGCAUAUUCUCUGCAAGCCUACACAGAAGGGAAACUGAAACUAAAACAAGUCCAGGCAAGUUCCUCCCUUAGGCAAUGCAACCAUUCACACAGUGAAAAGGGGACAAAUUCAACCUCUUCACUCGCCAAAAUGAUUAGUUACCAUAGUAACCUUAAUCUGUAGUAGAAAAACAUAUUAACAUCUUAGUCACUCCUUUUCAUUCUAAUGAGCUUUGUUAGUUUAUUAAAGGUGGGUGGCAUAACUCAGGAGUUGUAAUUAGCCCACCAGGGUGUUCUCCUUGGAGCCACCAGCAUGCAAGGGAGUAACAGCUGCUAUGUAAUCUGAGAGCCCUGAUGGGUCAAAUGUAGCCUGCAGCAUCGAAAGUCCUUUUGGGGAUAUAAUAUCUGAAAAAGAACAGUUUUGAAUUGGUUAUUUAUAUCAUGAUGGCUGUAACUGAAAUGAAAGCAAAUUGCAUUUGAUUACAAACCUGUUCUUGCAAAACCACGAAAUGGCCAUUGAAAUGCCAGUGAUUUUCAUCUCCAGUAAAAUGUUCUAGCUCUGA